GUCCGCUGGCCUGACAGAUAUGCGAAUGCCCAGCGUGUCUUCGCCAACUUUAUGUAUUAAAUCAGUGAUUUGACGUUGGGAAGAAAAAGAAAACAUGGUUGCCGUAAGCCCAGUGGCGCACAAAUUGCUAAGCUACGUUCCUUUCCUGCUAGUUUUGAUCGAUCUUCGAUAUGAAGGAGUCAAUGGAGGGAAGGAUGGUGGCGUUGAGAAUCAUCUGGAGAUGGGGAAGAAGCUUCUGGCUGCAGGACAGCUGGCUGAUGCUCUCUCUCACUUUCACGCUGCUGUUGAUGGAGAACCCAAAAAUUACAUGGCAUUUUAUAGGAGAGCAACUGUAUACCUAGCCAUGGGAAAGUCAAAAUCUGCACUACCAGACCUCAGCAAAGUCAUCGAACUUAAACCGGACUUCACGUCGGCAAGGCUUCAGAGAGGAAACCUACUGCUGAAACACGGUAAACUUGAUGAAGCUGAAAGUGAUUUCAAAAAAGUGCUCAAAUCAAACCCAAGCAGCAGGGAAGAGCAGGAAGCACAGAGUCAGCUGAAGAAGUCUGAUGAAAUUCAGAGACUGGUGUCGCAGGCACAGAGUGAUUUCAAACACCGAGAAUAUAGCUCUGCCGCAUCACACCUCGACAUCAUCAUUGAUACGUGUGUUUGGGAUGUGGACUCCAGAGAGAUGCGGGCCGAGUGCUUCAUUCAGAUGGGGGAGCUGGGCAAAGCUAUCAGCGACCUUAAGGCUGCUUCAAAACUGAAAAGUGACAACACUCAGGCCUUUUACAAGCUCAGUACCAUCUAUUAUGACCUGGGAGACCAUGAGAUGUCCCUCAAUGAGGUGAGGGAGUGUUUGAAACUGGACCAGGAUCAUAAGCAGUGCUUCAGCCACUACAAACAAGUGAAGAAGCUCAACAAGCAGAUUCAGUCUGCUGAAGAACUUAUCCAGCAGGAGAAGUACAGUGAUGCAGUCAGUAAAUACGAGUCUGUUAUGAAGACUGAACCGAAUGUUCCCCACUUCACACUGAACGCUAAAGAACGCAUGUGCCACUGCUUAUCAAAGGACCAGCAAACCGCCAGAGCCAUUUCAGUGUGCAGUGAAGUGCUAAACACUGAUCCUCAGAAUGUCAAUGCUCUGAAAGACCGAGCUGAAGCUUUACUGCAGGACGACCAGUAUGAAGAAGCCAUUAAAGACUUUCAGAGCGCUAAAGAGUACAGUGAAAACGACCGGCAGAUCAAGGAGGGUCUGGAGCGAGCCCAGCGCCUCCUCAAACAGUCCAAGAAGAGGGAUUACUACAAGAUCCUGGGUGUCAAGAGAACGGCCCAGAAGAAGGAGAUCUUGAAAGCCUAUAGAAAGCUGGCACAGCAGUGGCAUCCAGACAACUUCCAGGAUGCAGAGGAGAAGAAGAAGGCAGAGAAGAAGUUUAUAGACAUCGCUCAAGCCAAAGAAGUCCUCACUGACCCAGAGAUGAGGAGUAAGUUUGACCAGGGUGAAGAUCCCAUGGAUCCUGAGAGUCAGCAGGGUGGAGGACAUCACCACCACUUCCAUGGCGGCUGGGAAAACUUCCAGGGGUUCAAUCCGUUUGGUUCUGGACCUUUUAAUUUCAAAUUUGGUUUCAACUAAGGCUCUGCUGAAGGACCCGGGGCCUGGAUAUAUGCUGGAGUCAGCAAUUGGGAACUUGAGACCCCUCACACACAGGAGCACUUCAGAUGGGACAAGCGCCUUGAAGCUCGUGGUCAACUGAUCUGUGAACAGCUCCUCUACUACAGGGAUCUCACAGUCCUGAGUGCACGGUCAAUGUGCGCAUCGACCUUUACAUUCCUGAGAAUCACAUGUACAUAGAAAACAGUAUUUUUCUAUGAAUCAAACCAAGCUGUAAAUAAUUAAAUAAAGAGAUAUGAAUGCUUAUUUAAA